AGAACGUUUUUUUCUUAUUGUACGCAUUGACGUCGCCAAUUUGUAGAUCACCAUAUACUUUGUAGUUUUCAAAUGAAUAUAUUCAUAAUAAUUACAAACCCACAAAAGGCUAGCGUUUCGCGCGUUCAUGAACGAUUGAAGUAGCACUGGUUUUUGAUUAUAUAUAUAUUUUUUGUGGCAAUAAAACAAGAUCGUUGAUGUGGAGCAUUCGCAGUGAAGUGGUGGGCAGGUUUGGUGAAUUCCGUAGCCUGAAAAAGUGAAAGGGAAUGAUCAUUUGACCGUGUACGGAAGAGAAGGCAAAAGCAGCAACUGGUGAUAUUUUUCGUGUUCAUUCAAGUGAUAUAGAUUUAAUCUAGAUGAUAACUAAAUGAUAAGAAAGUGAAAAUCAACGCGAGGAAUAAAAUGAGCAUCUUUCAUCGGCCAUUCGUGGAUCUCGUGCUGCUGUGUCUCGUAUCGUCUGUGGUGUUGACCCAAAAGAGUAAUGGUGGCAAUGAACGGUUGAUGAGUCAUGUCGAAAAGCAGCGAUACGAUGGAUGGUACAACAAUUUGGCCCAUCCAGAUUGGGGAGCUGUUGACAAUCACCUCACGAGGAAAGCACCACCCGCAUAUUCGGACGGGGUUUACGUUCUGGCGGGUGCUAACCGGCCCUCGCCCCGCAAACUAAGCCGACUGUUUAUGCGUGGAAAGGAUGGACUGCCCUCACAGUUCAAUCGUACUGCCAUUCUGGCCUUUUUUGGUCAGGUCGUAACAAAUGAGAUCGUGAUGGCUUCGGAGUCGGGCUGUCCUAUUGAAAUGCAUCGGAUAGAGGUCGAGCGGUGUGAUGAGAUGUACGAUCGGGAAUGUCGUGGCAAUCGGUAUAUACCAUUUCAUCGGGCGGCUUACGACAGGAAUACUGGCCAAAGUCCGAAUGCUCCGAGGGAGCAGACCAAUCAGAUGACAGCUUGGAUCGAUGGGAGCUUCAUCUACAGCACAUCCGAGGCCUGGCUCAAUGCGAUGCGAGCGUUUCAGGAUGGUUUGCUACUAACCGAUAAGGAUGGCACGAUGCCGGUGAAGAAUACAAUGCGCGUGCCGCUGUUCAACAAUCCGGUGCCGCAUGUGAUGCGAAUGCUCAGCCCGGAAAGAUUGUAUCUUCUGGGUGAUCCACGAACGAAUCAAAAUCCCGCCUUACUCACAUUUGCCAUUUUGUUUCUUCGAUGGCAUAAUGUCGUUGCUAGGCGUGUUCGUAAGCAGCACCGAGAUUGGACAGACGAAGAAAUCUUCCAGAGAGCCCGACGAGUAGUGAUAGCCAGUUUACAAAAUGUAAUAACCUACGAGUACCUGCCAGCAUUUUUGGAUGCCGAACUGCUACCUUACACCGGCUAUAAAGCCGAUACUCACCCCGGAGUCAGCCAUAUGUUUCAGGCUGCCGCUUUCCGAUUCGGGCAUUCACUUAUCCCACCUGGGUUGUUCCGGAGAAACGGAGAAUGCGAGUUUCGCAGAACCAGUAUGGACUAUCCUGCACUAAGAUUAUGCUCUACAUGGUGGAACUCCAAUGAUGUUCUGGAUGACACCCCAAUCGAGGAGUUCCUGAUGGGUAUGGCGUCACAGAUUGCUGAACGCGAAGAUCCGUUAUUGUGUUCGGAUGUUCGCGAGAAGCUUUUUGGGCCAAUGGAAUUUACCCGGCGGGACCUGGGGGCGCUGAAUAUAAUGCGCGGGCGCGAUAAUGGACUGGCCGAUUACAAUACAGCUAGAGUGGCUUAUAAAUUACCAAAGAAGAAGACAUGGCGCGACAUCAAUCCGGAGCUCUUUGAACGGCAGCCAGAGUUGCUUGAGCUGCUCAUCAAAACAUACGAUAAUCGUCUGGAUAAUGUGGAUGUCUACAUUGGAGGUAUGCUGGAAUCGGAAGGAAAACCUGGAGAGCUAUUUUCUGCCGUUAUUAUCGAUCAAUUUACCCGAAUUCGAGAUGCGGAUCGGUUCUGGUUCGAAAAUGAGGACAACGGCAUUUUCACCAAGGAAGAAAUCUUCGAACUGCGUAAAAUCUCCAUGUGGGACAUCAUAAUCAACAGCACCGACAUCAGUGCGGACGAAAUUCAGAAGGAUGUCUUCCACUGGAGCCAAGGCGACCCAUGUCCACAGCCGGAGCAGUUGAAUGCCACAAUGCUGGAACCGUGCAACCACUUGGAAGGUUACGAUUACUUCUCGGGAUCGGAGCUGGCAUACAUCUACUCUUGUGUUUUUCUCGGCUUUGUACCAAUACUGUGCGCUGGUGUGGGCUAUUGCGUGAUUAAGCUUCAGAACAGUCGCAGGAGGAAAUUGAAAAUUAGACAGGAAGCUCUGAAGUCCAAUGGCAAUAGCAAGGGUUCAGUUGAAAAGAUGAUGGCGAGAGAAUGGCUUCACGCGAAUCAUAAGCGUCUGGUGACGGUGAAAUUCGGGCCCGAGGCCGCGAUCUAUACGGUUGAUCGUAAAGGUGAAAAGCUCAGAACGUUCAAUUUGAAGAACGUGGACGUCGUAACUGUCGAACAAUCGCAAGAAAACUACAAAAAGAAGAAACCUUAUGUGCUGCUACGUGUUCCGAAUGAUCACGAUCUUGUGCUGGAGCUCGAAUCAAACACGGCUCGGAGGAAGUUCGUGAAAAAGCUCGAGGACUUUCUGCUGCUCCAUAAGAAGGACAUGAGUUUUGUGGAGAUCCAAAGGGAUCUGAUGCUCGCGAAGGCUGAAACUCGUGAGCGCAGACAGAAGAGGCUGGAACAUUUCUUCCGGGAGGCUUACGCGUUGACUUUCGGGCUGAGACCUGGUGAGCGACGGAGAAGAUCUGAUGCUUCUGCAGAUGGGGAAGUGAUGACCGUGAUGAGAACGAGCCUAUCGAAAUCGGAGUUCGCUGCGGCCCUAGGUAUGAAGCCGGACGAUAUGUUCGUGCGGAAGAUGUUCAACAUUGUCGACAAGGAUCAAGAUGGGAGAAUUUCCUUUCAGGAAUUUUUGGAGACCGUGGUACUAUUCUCGCGCGGUAAAACGGAUGAUAAGCUGAGAAUCAUUUUCGACAUGUGCGAUAACGAUAGGAACGGAGUGAUCGAUAAGGGUGAACUCAGCGAAAUGAUGCGUUCGUUGGUUGAGAUAGCCCGAACCACUAGUGUAACGGAUGAUCAGGUGAAGGAACUGAUCGACGGAAUGUUUCAGGAUGUCGGUUUGGAGCACAAGAAUCAUCUAACCUACCAGGAUUUUAAACUAAUGAUGAAAGAAUACAAGGGAGAUUUCGUUGCCAUCGGACUGGAUUGCAAGGGGGCAAAACAAAACUUUUUGGAUACCUCGACAAAUGUCGCUCGCAUGACGUCCUUCCACAUUGAGCCGCCCUCCGAUACACGACGCAAUUGGGUUCAGGAGAAAAUUGAUAGUUAUACAACUUUCCUGGAGGAAAAUAGACAGAACAUUUUCUAUCUGUUUCUGUUUUACGUAAUAACAAUAGUGUUGUUUGUGGAAAGAUUUAUCCACUAUUCUUUUAUGGCCGAGCACACGGAUUUAAGACACAUUAUGGGAGUUGGUAUAGCGAUAACACGUGGAUCUGCUGCUUCUCUGUCGUUCUGUUAUUCAUUGCUUCUUCUUACAAUGUCGAGAAACCUAAUCACGAAGCUCAAGGAAUUUCCCAUUCAACAAUACAUUCCACUGGACUCGCACAUUCAGUUCCACAAGAUUGCGGCUUGUACAGCCUUGUUUUUCUCGCUAUUACACACCGUGGGUCACAUCGUGAACUUUUAUCAUGUCUCAACGCAGUCGAUCGAAAAUCUAAAAUGUCUUACAAAAGAAGUGCACUUCACAUCGGAUUAUCGGCCGGAUAUCACCUACUGGCUUUUCCAAACUGUGACAGGCGUCACGGGAGUGCUGCUCUUCAUCAUCAUGUGCAUAAUCUUCGCUUUCGCGCAUCCGACCAUCCGCAAAAAGGCGUACAAAUUCUUCUGGAACGCCCACUCGCUGUACAUUCUGCUCUACGCGCUGUGCCUCAUCCAUGGUCUUGCACGUCUCACCGGAGCUCCCCGUUUUUGGCUUUUCUUCAUUGGACCAGGCAUUAUCUACACGCUCGACAAGAUUGUUUCAUUACGCACAAAAUAUAUGGCACUGGAUGUUAUCGAGACCGAUCUGCUCCCAUCGGAUGUCAUCAAAAUAAAGUUCUACCGUCCCCCGAAUCUCAAGUACCUUUCGGGACAGUGGGUGCGACUCUCGUGCACUGAGAUCCGACCCGAAGAAAUGCAUAGCUUCACGCUAACUUCGGCCCCGCACGAAAACUUCCUCAGCUGUCAUAUCAAAGCACAGGGGCCGUGGACUUGGAAGCUUCGCAACUACUUCGAUCCCUGCAAUUACAAUCCGGAUGAUCAACCCAAAAUUCGAAUCGAGGGACCAUUCGGUGGCGGCAACCAGGAUUGGUAUAAAUUCGAGGUCGCCGUUAUGGUCGGCGGAGGCAUCGGAGUAACACCAUAUGCUUCCAUUUUGAAUGAUCUUGUGUUCGGUACGAGCACCAAUCGAUAUUCGGGAGUGGCCUGCAAAAAAGUUUACUUCCUGUGGAUCUGCCCGUCGCAUAAACAUUUCGAAUGGUUUAUUGACGUCCUGCGAGAUGUGGAGAAGAAGGACGUGACAAACGUACUUGAAAUUCAUAUCUUCAUCACCCAAUUCUUCCAUAAGUUUGAUCUGCGAACAACGAUGCUGUAUAUUUGCGAGAACCACUUCCAGCGCUUGUCAAAAACAUCCAUGUUUACUGGUCUGAAGGCAGUGAACCACUUCGGUAGACCCGAUAUGUCUAGUUUUCUUAAAUUUGUACAAAAGAAACACUCCUAUGUUUCGAAAAUAGGGGUGUUCUCGUGUGGGCCCCGUCCGCUCACCAAAAGCGUAAUGUCGGCAUGCGACGAAGUGAACAAGGGUAGAAAGUUGCCAUAUUUCAUUCAUCAUUUCGAAAACUUUGGCUAAACAAGCCGAGGGCGGCAUUCGCGCGGGCUCUUCUUCCUGUUUUGCUCAUUUAGGUUUCUUUUUAUCUAUUCAUUAUAAAACCUGUGUAUUGUUAAUCUAGAAAAGUGAAGCGAUGUAUCACUAGGAUAACCAUAUCUGAUAUUUGUUAAGCCCAAAUGUCACUGUGAAUUUGAAUGUGAAUGUCGAUUCGUGUCUGUAUCAUAGAUGAAGUAUUAGCUGAAGUGUCUCAAAGGCCUCGAAGCGUAUUUAUUAUUUUUGUCUAAGCGAAAAACAAGUUAGCAAGAAAUUCAUCGUAAACCAAGUGAAGAGCAGUUGUACAUUUACAUUGAAAACAAAACCAUUAAACCGUUAUCCAACGCCUCGUACAACUCUCAUAAUGAAAACAAGAGUGAUAUUAUCGUUAGAUCAUCUGAUAACAAUAUCAUUGUGCAAAAUUAAUCUUCUCGUUGACUUAGAACAAAGCGACAUAACGUGGUAAUUGCGAUUGAGAGAAGCCUAGCUUUACAUACCGAAGAUAAACUGCCCGAUUUCAAGAAGCAAUAAAAGCAUGUAGGUUUAAGACAAAUCUGCUUUAUCGAGUAUUAUACUUACCUUUCUCUCUGGCUCGUUGAAACUAUAAUAAUACUGUUACUUUAGAACCCCACCAUAAACUGCUUCCAUAACACACUGUGCGUAACGCCUUUUCUCAGUGCUAUUUUUCUGUCCAGGAAGACUACAAUGUUGUUCAUUUUAUCCAUCUAGAAGUGUAAUAAAAAAUCAGUGACACUGUUGAUAGAAAUUGUAAAUAGUUUUGAUAAACUGCCUGUAUUUAUUAUCGGAAAUAAAAAAAAUACAUAUAGGAA